CUUCCCACUUAUUCAGUAACGAAUGUUUUUAGAUACAAUACGAGUUAUGUACUUUCUGCUGAUAAAUAAACCGGAUGUAAUCUUUGUCGAUAAUGAUAAUUUCGUUAAGCUCAUUGCAAAUAUCUUGCUCUUAAAAGAUUUUGAUAAAAUAAUUAAAAUCGUAAUCAUCGGUGAGGAUAAAUUACCUUCAGUUAAAUUGAACUCUCUGGAAUCUAUUUUGAAUUAUAACUUUGAUAAGGCUGAGAUUGAUGAAUUUUCCUGCGAAAAGAAUGAUUUAAUGGAAAUCGCAAUUAUGACGUUUUGUUCUCGUGCAAUGUUUUAUUCUGGUCGGGCAAAAGUUCCUUAUGUAGCAUUCAUAUCUCCGUCAAAUCAACAGACCCCUGUUAUGGUUUCCGAUACUGUCGGCCUAUGGUACGGAUCUUUAUAUUGGAAUCAUGGUCCACUUUUGACCGUUCGUGCUAUAUUGUCCUAUGUGACAGUUAUUAAAUCUAGGGUAUUCAGCGAAGAAAAUUUAUAUAAGACGAUAGAGAAAUAUAAGGUGACAUGGGUAUUUCUUAGCGAAACAUUCAAUCAAUUGUUUAAAACCAAUGACGUUUCUUUUUCGAAAUACAAUAUAUCUUCGUUGAAAGAAUUUUUAUUCGACGAUUGGGAAGUCGAAAUAUUUGUUCUUAAAAAAUUUAUCUCUUCGCUGCCAAAUGUUUCUAUCAUUCGAGUAUAUGGAACAGCAGAAACUGGCGUGAUUGCUUACCAGACAGACAAUUUCUCUCGAAGAUUUAAAGGUCGAGUAACUAAAAAUGUUCAAUUAUUGUUUGUUGCUAAAAAAAAUUAUCCCAAUAUACAUCCAAAGUUAAAAUUCAUCUAUUGCAAAACACCACAUAUAUCAAACACCCAUGUAUCAACAGAAAGUGCUGUACACUUAUGGUACUCUAUCGGAGACGUGGGCUUUCAUAUAAAAGACGAAAUUUAUGUCAUUGAUCAUUAUAGACAUUUCUAUACAUACAAAAACAAACCUGUCAGAUUUUUACGUAGCGAAAUCGCAUUACGCCUCCAUCCGGCUGUAUCUGAUGUCGUGGUAAUAACUGUACCAAAUGACGAUCAUCUUGUAGCUUAUAUUAAUAAAAUAUCUGGAAAAAAGGUGACAAAAGAGCAACUGAAAAGAAUACUGCAAAAACUUCCCGAACUGCAUCAGUUAUUUCCGAUUGACGAUUUUCGCUUCAUUACACAUGAUUUUCCACGGCUUCCUAAUGGAAAAAUUGAUCGAACACGAAUUCAUAUGCUAAAUUAAUGUGACACUAUAAUGGCCAGAAUAAAAAUGUCAUAAAUGCCAUAAAGUGGAUUAUUGUCAAUGGUGGAUAAUAUACAGGGUAUUUAAUAAAGAUCGGGAUUCCAGAUUUACUUGGAAGGAUAACAUUUUUCUAAGAAAUGUUUCGGACAAAAGUUGUAAGUUUAAAAAAAAAUCUUUUUGUUGAUCUUAUCAGUUUGAUUUUGGGACGUGCCUCUCGCCGAAUACAAACAAUUACAAAUCAGAAAACUAUAAUACUUUUUCAGCUAACUUAUUAGAAUAUAUAAUUUUAUAUUUAUAACUAUAUUUAAGUAUUACAUUAUAAAGUGACAUGAUAAAAAAUACGUAAAGAACAUAAUUGUUGAUAACAUAAUAAAGUUGUAUAGUCCAGAAUUUAUGUAUAAUAUGUAUUUGCUUGAAAUAUUUUCAAU